AGUAACUUCAUCUCUUCGAAUCAAGGGCUGAACAUUCUUUCAUUCUUUAUAAUUGUGGCCUUAAGUUGUUGUAUCUAACCAGACCAGACACAAAGGCAAAGAAAAGAGGAGGACCGACUUCAAGACCAAUAUUGUAUCAUGUUCCCUCCACAACAAGGCUCUUCGCUCGAUAUCGAAGCUCUCUCAGGCAUCUGUGGCUCCAUCUCGAUCGCCUGCUGGGUGGUCGUCUUCUCCCCGCAAAUCAUUGAGAAUUUUCGCCGAGGUUCGGCUGAAGGCCUGUCCAUCGUCUUCAUCGUGGUCUGGUUAGCCGGCGAUGUCUUCAACAUUCUAGGUGCCAUUCUCCAGGGCGUCCUGCCAACCAUGAUCAUUCUGGCCGUCUAUUACACUCUGGCCGACAUUGUGCUCCUUGGACAAUGCUUCUAUUACCGUGGCUUCACUUUGAGUGACGAGAUCAAGCAUCGACAGCCGAAUGGCGACGCUGAAACCCGUCCCUUGUUGCACAGCGGCUCAGCAACGCAACCUCCGUCACGAGACGAGGACGAACCCGCCUUGAGGCCUCUGGCACAUCGACAUUCAUCCGUCGAUGGGAGACACUUGUCGCCAGUUGUUCCUCUCAUCGACCCUCCCAAGCCCAGUGAUGCACCGGCCUUAAGCAACCUGAAACCCAGUACUUUGGUACAGACUGCCAUUUUCAACACCUUUGCAGUUCUCCUCGUCUGCGCAGCUGGCGUUCUGGGCUGGUGGAUAGGAAAUCGGAGAUCACACCACCACCAUGUCAAGGACGAGGACCCCGAGCCGUUGGAGUUCGACGUGCUGGGUCAGGUUUUUGGGUAUCUCUGCGCUGUGCUCUAUCUGGGGUCCAGAGUACCCCAGCUCCUUCUCAACUACAAACGCAAGAGCACCGAAGGGGUAUCGCUGCUUUUCUUCCUUUUCGCUUGCCUCGGAAAUCUGACCUAUGAUAUGUCGAUCUUUGCAUAUGCCCCAGUCUGCCACAAGCCCGGUCAUUGCGCACCUGGAGAGGCCAAGUCACUCUAUCUUCGAUAUAUUGCGGUGAACGCCAGUUGGAUAGCUGGGAGCUUGGGGACAUUACUGUUGGAUCUGGCCAUCUUCGUACAAUUUUUCCUGUACCAAAAGGACGAGGGGGAGUAUUCCGAGGUUGCUGUUGAGGACGAAAGAAUAUAAUGGGGAGAUGGUGUCUGCCUAGACCAACAAUUGCCACAUUAGCAUAUUUCCAUGACAAUGCUCCACUGGCUUUCAGAUUCGGUAAACACUACCUGUGGCGUCUAUUCUCUGUGAUGACCAUGUUGCGAGCAGAAUCGCAAAGCCCAGAGGUACUAGGACUACAAAGGCUCACCACGCGUGAGCUCCAGGGCCGAUUGAAGAAUGCGGGACCCGGCAUCUCACUGGAUCUCGGACAACGAAAGGCCCCUCUACUUUACGCCAAGCCAUGCAUGAAAAGGCCUGAAAUGAAGCUGAAGAGCAGAUUGUGUUGCUGUUGCUGUUGCCGUUGCCGUUGCCGCUGCACGCCUCCACGACCGGGUAUGGCCUGUGAUGUUAUCAAGCCUUUGGCAUUGCGACUCGGCAUGUGUGUCAGAGCCACUUUUGUGUCAGUUCACCACCUGCAGAUACCUAGGCAAGGUCCUAUCGCCGACAACAGCGUCGUGUAAGCUUGGCGGCAGGAAAUAUCGUCGACCGCUUUUCGUUCUCGUCGGUUGAUAUACCUGGCCCAUGGAUUUGUCCUCAACAAUCGGAGUGACACCGCAAAUUUGCGGCUGCCCGAUGAUGAUUGUGAGCCUUGAUAGUCUAACAGUUACAAACUUACGUUUGCUAUCCCAACCAUCAAAAAAAAC